GUCCUCGCUCGACGUACGAAUGAGUGCGUGUAGGGGCGCGUGAGUGAGUGAGUGAGUGAGCGUGCGUGCGUGCGUGCGUGUCCGUCCGCGUUGCCUUUGCCUUGCGUGGCGUACACGACGAGGACGACGACAACGACGACAACGACGACGACGACGACGAGGAGGAGAGAGAGUGUGUGCGUGUGAGCCGUGUAUCUCUCGUGUGUGUGCAAUUCCCCAAACGCCGGAGAUAAAGUGACAGACGGACGUGUGUGACAUGUCGGAACACCACCGCGUCGGCGGUGGAUGGGGCACGGCGUCCCCGGGUGCGCGAGAGGAUGGAUCCGGUGGACCGGUAUGGUGGCCCGGCGGCCUGAACGCCGUAUCGGCCGAACAACAGCAGCAAACCAUGCAGCAACACCACCAGCACUUGAUCAACCAGCAACAGCAGCAACAGCAACAGCAGCAGCAGCAGCAACAACAGCAGCAGCAGCAGCAACAGCAACAACAACAGCAGCAACAGCAACAGUUAUCCCAGCAUCAUCAGGACAUCGUUAGAAGUACGGCGGCGGUUGCCGCCACUCAGCAACUUUUCUCGUACAAGAUGGCCUCCAGCUUCCAAAAUCCGGCAACUACCGGCACUCAGUCGACCGUUUCGACGUCGGCGCCUGUCGGAUCCUGCAUGCGGGGGGGUUACGAUUACAGGCUUGGGGGUGCUGGUGGAGGUGCCGGCGGACCCGGGGCACCCCCCAGUGUUCAGUGGUGGUAUCCAGGCAGCGUUAUGGAGGCAUCGCAAAAUAAUCUUCAUCAACAACAGCUUCAACAGCAGCAGCAACAGCAACACCUAUCGCCUAUUACUACGCAAGCUUCCACGCCCCCCAUUAUGUCCCCGCAUCAGAUACAGCAGCUACCACAACAGCAAAAUAAUCUGCAAAAUCACGCGCAGGGCUUACAGCGAGGAAAAAUGCCGAGAGGAAAGGCAGCUGAUGCUAAGCCGAGGGGGCGAAUGACUGCGUACGCGUUCUUCGUACAGACUUGUCGCCAGGAGCACAAGAAGAAACAUCCCGAAGAAAACAUCGUGUUCCAGGAAUUUUCCAAAAAGUGUGCUCUCAGGUGGAAGACUAUGUCGGAUAAGGAGAAGAAACGCUUCCACGAAAUGGCUGAGAAAGAUAAGAAGAGGUAUGAUGCUGAGAUGCAGAAUUACACUCCACCCAAGGGUGAGAAUAAAACAGGCAGAGGCAAGAAACGCAAGCACAUCAAAGAUCCAAAUGCACCCAAGAGAUCAUUGUCGGCCUUUUUCUGGUUCUGUAAUGACGAGCGUGGUAAGGUCAAGUCAUUGAAUCCGGAAUAUGGAGUUGGAGAUAUUGCAAAGGAGCUAGGAAAGAAGUGGUCUGACGCAGAGCCUGAAACGAAAUCUAAGUACGAAGCCAUGGCAGAGAAGGAUAAGGCUCGAUAUGAAAGGGAAAUGACUGCGUACAAAAAGAAACUGAAGACCGGGGGACCUGGCGUCGGAGCCCCUGCAAUCGCUGUGAAACACGACAGCGAGGAGGAUGCGGAGGAGGAAGAUGGUGAAGAGGAUGACGAAUAACGGACACAGUUGAAACUCUGGUCCACCACCCCGUGUCCUUGAUAUAUCCCCAAGCAUACCUCACCUACUGUACAUACCAUUGACCUUAGCGUGAGCGUACUUACACCACUAGGAGAACAAAUAACUAACCACCAUCCCCCUCCCCCGAUUAUUUACAAUAAUAAUAAUUAAAAAUACCGCGAUUAUGAUAAUUAUUUUAAAAAUUGUAUGUAUGAGUGAUGCGAGCGGAGAUUGUAUGAGUGACAUUUGUAUUUUAACAUAUUGAUAGUACAUAAAACAUGUAAAGUGGUAUAGGAUAGAGGAACGAAAAGAUUACCUUAUUACCUUAUCAAUAGCCCGUUCGAUUGGAGGGUACAGGGACUUGAGAGAACCACCGCCAAUCUACUGCUCUACUCGCAACAUUAAUAAGUAAAAUCUUAUUAUUUUCUUUUUACUAAAGUUGUAACAAAUAACAAUAAUUCUGAAAAAUUUGUAAUUAA